CUGACACGGACAAGGUUACUUCAGGUCCUUGAAAUUCCUCACUGCCCCCUACUGAACGAUGCAAAAUCUGACCGAGUAUCCAGAAAACUCUACAGCCAACGCAAACCUGAUAAUAGCAAUAAAAAUCUCUAUUGUCCUCCCCCUUUUCUUCGUCUUCCUCUACUUCAUCGUCCUGAUGCUGCACACCCUGGCGUCACAGAGGCAGUUCUGGGAGAACCCGCGCUACAUCCUCUUCGGCUACAUGCUGAUCAACGACACCCUGCUGGUGGUGUGCUCCGUCCUGCUCUUCCUCCUCUACCUGGCCGAGAUUCGGUUUUCCUUCGUCCUCUGCAUAACCCUGAUCUUCGUCUCCACCGUCACCUUCCUCAACACGCCGUUCAUCCUGGCGACCAUGUCGCUGGAGCGCUACGUCGCCAUCUUCUACCCGCUGCGGCGCCCCGCCGCCUGGCGAGCCGACCGCAUUUGGGCCGUCAUCCUGCCCACGCUGCUCGUCAGCUUGGCGGUGCCCAUCAUCGAGCUGUGCCUGGGCGGGCGCUCCCCGGGCGCCAGCGCCCUCACCACCCUGGUGCUCUGCCGGAGCAAAGAGCUCAACAGCUCGCCGCUCCUCACGCUGGUCAAGAUCUCGCUGUACGGCGUCUUCUUCCUGGCGGUGGCCCUGGCCAUCCUCUUCACGUACGUGCGCAUCCUGCGGGAGGCGCGGCGCAUGCGGCGGGACCAGGAGGCGGUGGGCAAGGCGCUAUACACGGUGCUGCUGCACGGCCUGCAGCUGCUGCUGUGCGUCAUGACCUUCACGCAGCCCGUGACGGAGCAGGCGUCCGUGGUGCGGGCGCGCUGGCUCCGCGAGCAGAUCCCCUUCCUCAACUACCUGUGCUUCGCCCUGCUGCCCCGCGUCCUCAGCCCACUCAUAUACGGGCUGCGGGACGAGAGCCUCCGCACCCACAUGAGGAGGGCCGUCCUGUGCUGCUCCCCCGCAAUCACCACUCAGCAUAUGGGCAAACCUGCAACCCAUUAAUGCCCAGAUUUAUUUUUUCCCCAGACGUUUCUUACACAAGCAUCUAUAGUCAUCCAAAAAAUAAGAAAAGAUGGAGAAAGAGUGGUAGAGACUUUGGCAACUUUAGUUGCCUGCGGGCUUAAAUGGGUUAAAAUCAGUGAGGGGGUAGGGGUAAGUUACCCCUUCUUGAAGGUCCCCAAAAUUUUUAAAUCACUGAGAAUUUACUGCUGCAGGAGAUUAACAUGUGCUUGGUUACUGUGCAGGAUACUGUUCUUUAGGAU